AUGUCUGUGCUACUGGAUUAUGAGAAAAAUAUUCUCCUUGACGUUAACGAAGACAGUUGCAUGUUCGUUUGUGCAGAGGGACUUGAUCUUGACACUAUAUUGCAUACGAUUAUCAAGCUUCACAAUGAUCCUCACAACUUAGUGUUAAUAUCAAAUUAUUCCCUCCCGGAAGCUAAGUACAUCGCGGCUAAAUUUGUCCUAGAAAACGAAGCAUACCUCCCUUUUAUAAUUACAGCUAAUGUUAGCGCUCAGGAGCGCCUUCAAGCCUAUCGCCGUGGUGGGGUUGUUUUUGUCAGUUCUCGAAUACUUGUUGUUGACUUACUUCGAGGAACAAUGCCCGUUGAACUUGUUACUGGGGUGCUUGUUUUGCGAUGUCACAUUCUUCACGAAUCCAGUCAGGAGUCUUUUAUGCUCCGGUUGUUAAGAGAAAGGAAUCCACAGAUCUUCAUAAAAGCAUUCACGGAUAACGCCAUUGCUCUGAUGUCUGGUUAUAAUCGAGUUGAACACCUGAUGAGUCAGUUUGGUGUUUCAAGGCUUCUUCUUUGGCCAAGGUUUAAUUUAGAUGUGGUCAAUACACUAUCGAAAUGUCCUCUAAAUGUCGAAGAAGUUCAGGUAUUCUUAACAGAGGAAAGCUCUACUUGCCAACGGUGUCUUCUGGAAAUGAUUAAAGCUACUCUUCGUGAGCUAGUUGAUAUCAACCCCAUCCUAAAUAACGAUGAAUUUACCCUUGAAUCGGCUCUGACCAAUUCAUUCCAUCAACUGACUAGUUUAUAUAUUGACCCCAUUUGGCAUCAUUUGACACAAACUAGUCACCGCCUUUUGGCGGACGUUGCUGGCUUGAGACGUCUUCUUUUCCAACUCAUCGAUUUCGAUGCAGUUACCUUUUUGGAUGCUUUGGAGGACCUCCGUCAAGCCGAGCUGUCGUCUCUUCGAAUGAGCAAGUCGGCGCAAAUUUCAUCUCUUCAAAGAGAUGGAAACUGCGCUAACUGGCUCCUUAUGAGUCAAGCCGAACAAAUGCUCUCAGUGGCUCGUAGUCGAGUUUAUAAUAACUACGAAAAAAGAACCUAUACAGUAGAAGUGCCACCCAAGCUAAUUGCAAUCACAUCAAUUCUAGAGGACGUGAUUGUCAAAUUGACGGACGAUGGUCUACAGCAGAAAUUCCCUGUUCUUAUUCUUCUUAGGCAUACACGAAGCGUUGAACUUCUAGACUACUAUCUACGCCAUGGUAGAGCGAAAUUACAGGAUUGGUUAGUACAGGGAAGGUCGGCUUACGAACAUCCAGCGGAAUCGUCUGAAACAGAAUCGCCACCUUUAAAAAGGGUUCCACUAGAACCCUAUAGAGAACCCACAGUAUCCAAAUAUUUUUGUCGAGGUAGAAGUGGAUCUAAGCAGAUUAUCGCCUGUACUGGGGCUCCAUGUAUACCUGACAAGUGUUCCAAGUUUACUGAAUCCGAUAUUCCUUCAAAACCACAAGAAGAACCGAAGGCGGCAGAGAUUGUGAACGUGGAAGACCCAGUCCUAGAUUUGCCAGCCGGAUGCUCUGCAGUCACUUUUACGACCUUGGAGGGAAGAGAACUUCAAGUAAUUCUUCGUGUUCCACCACCAGGUUGCGGGGAGGAAGGAGCGACGGCGUCAAUCGACAGUCGAAGUCUAGAUGGACCGGCUGGACGGCUGGGGGCAGUAUUGGCGCGUCUCCGACCAUAUUGUGUCAUUUUUUUCGAACCUCGCGUAUCAUGGAUUCGAGAAGUUGAGGUCUAUGCUGCUAAGGAAGCCAUACGUCGAACUCGUGAAGGUUUAAAUCCACAUUCUCUCAGUAUCUAUUUCAUGGUGUAUAAAGAUUCUGUGGAGGAACAACGAUAUCUCACGCGACUUAGACGAGAGAAGGAGGCCUUUGAAGGCCUAAUCACUCUGCGCGCCUCCGCUGUCGUGAAGAAAGUGGAACCAUCGAUAUCUGUUCCUGCUGUUGACAUUGAAUCUGGAAAUUCUUCGGAACCCGCCCCAACACCAACCGUAUUUGUAGACGUCCGUGAAUUUCGAAGCGAGCUACCAGCUCUUCUGCAUCGAAAGGGUUUGCGGGUGAAUCCCAUAACUCUGACAGUCGGAGAUUACAUCCUGGCACCGCAUAUUUGCGUGGAACGGAAAUCUGUCAGUGAUUUGAUUAGUUCGUUGAACUCAGGUCGUCUGUUUCAACAGUGCACUGUAAUGUCCAGACACUAUCUUAAUCCGGUACUACUAAUUGAAUUCUCGAUGCCUGCCAAUGGCGUUACUUACAAGGCACCACGAUUUCCAAACAUCGCGCCUCCUGCUACGUCGGCGUCUUUUGCUCUAUUCACGGGACGGAAUGCUGUAGUGGUGGGAGACGCAAGAACGGAUUUGGACCCUCGUCAUCUGUUGCCGCGUCUAGUCCUCCUUCUCCUUCACUUUCCGCGUUUGCGAGUACUCUGGAGUGUUACGCCGUACUGUACGGCGGAAUUGUUUGCAGAACUAAAAGUGGGACGCGCAGAACCCACUUUGGAGCAGCUGCCUCAAGAUAGCAAUGGACUGUGCGAGGAGAAUGCAGAGGCCGUGGAAAUGCUGUUGAGACUACCUGGUAUCUCCUGGCGUAACUACCAACGCGUGAUGGCGCGUGUCGACACCAUUGCCGAUCUUGCUGGGUGCAGUCUCGAACGCCUCACUGAGAUUCUCGAAAAUAGAACGUAUCUGUCAAGACAUAUUUUGAAUGUUCGGUUCAAAUCGGUUCCACUUUCUUCACUUGGGAGAGUCAUGGAGACUGAUAAGCAAAUGAAUCUCACAACCCGUCGCUUUUGGGAUUGUGGGAAGAAAUGGCUUUUGGGCUGCAAUCUUAAGUGGCCAAGUUUAACUGAGUGCGCCCAGAAGCUGUACAACUUUCUGCACUCCGAGUGGGCACCACCACCACAAUCUUCUGCUGGCACAAUGAUGGAAUUGGUGGUCGCCACUGCAGAGGGCAAACGGCCUCGCUUUGACCUUGCUGCUCGUGUCAAGACCCGUACCAAACGGAAGUAA